GGAGGUUUCCAAGGUUGCACUUUUUUUUUUUUUAAUUUUAAUUUUAAUUUGGCCAUUCAUGUCCUUUUUUUUUUUUCGUUUUUUUUGCAGGAUGCAUUUGUCAGUUUUUUCAACCUGUUUGGUGAUCCAGGAGGAAAUAUGUUGUGCUUUCUACAAGGGAUGCUGACUCAGUUUUUCAGCGUCGCAUCGUUCCUGUGGACAACCACAAUUAUGUACACCCUACACAGAACGGUAGUAAGACACAAAGCUGAUGUAGAGGAAUUGGAGCCAACAUAUCACUUGUAUGUCUGGGCCACGUCAUUUGUUAUGACAGUCAUCCCAAUCAUCGGGAACGACUAUGGACAUGCAGGAGCAUGGUGUGGGGUUGAGAAUGGAACCCUUUUUGGCAAGAUUUUGAGGUUCAUCACGUUUUAUUUGCCUUUGUGGGGCGCCAUUUUGUUUAACGGUGUAGGGUAUUUUCAAGUCAUCCGAACUCUGGGACAUACUAUGAAGAUGGCUCAGAGCAUGUCAGACAGGAAGCAACAGAUGGAGGUCAGAAUAAACUCCAAGGCCGUGAACCGGUUGAGCUACUAUCCAUUGAUUCUGAUUGCGUCAUGGGCGUUCGCCACAAUCAACAAGGUCUACGAUUUCAUUCGUCCUACUCAUCCCAUUUUUUGGCUGUACUGUGCCCACGUGGCAACGGCAUCGUUGAUGGGAUUGUUCAACUCUAUUGCUUAUGGAUUAAACUCCACAGUUCGGAGAACGCUACGAGAGAGGAUCCUAGAGCAUUUGCCGGACAAGUACAAGCGGUUCUGGGUAUCAGAGUGGCUGACCUCACCGCCAACUGCAUUUAUUCAACUAGAGAACAUCUACUUAGAUGACUCGUUUGCAAUAUCCGGUCGCGACAGCGCAGCCAGCGACCAAAGCCAGCUGUAGGUGGAGGGCGCUGCAUGGGAAAAAAAAAAGAGGAAAAAAGAACCUUUGUAAUCAACCACACCCUCUCUU